AGACGAUAAAGGUCCCGCCGGCGCAUAAAGACACAAAGCGGAACAAACCAUCGGACGACUAAUCCAUGCCUCUACUCUUUCGCCCCAUCUCUAAUUUCCUUGAGUGCCUUGUCGGCCGCUUCGAUGCGGUGUGCCUUGGCAUUGCCCGCCCGCCGCUUCACCUUGAGCUGCCGGCGAUCCAAAUGCCGUUCCACAUCAUGGACAGUGGCACCCGCUGCCACACACCUGCGGAACCACACAGGAGUUGAAAAACAAAUGCCCAGAUGUCGCCGUUACGUUCGUCUGUGUGUGUGUGUGUGUCUUGCCGUGUGAGUGCGAAGUAGAUCAGGUCUGCCGCCUCGGCUGCCACGUGGUCGGGCUCUGUCGCCUCAGCCAGCUCCUGGGCCUCCUCCAACAGCUUGUUCCUGAUGAUAAACAGAAGCGCACGCGACCAUUCUCUCCCUCCCUCCCUCCGUCCCUCCCAUGCUUGUGUGCCCACCUGAGGAGGUUGGGAUCGUUGAAGAGUUUUUGCGUGUAUGAGCCUGGCGCGGCGCUAUGGUAUCGCCGCUGCAGCACCUCCUCCAGUGCGGUGAUGCCCGUGGGCGGGCCCCAGCAGGUGAGUGUGUUGCGGUGGCAGAAGGCCUUCGGGUCACCCUGCUGCACCACUGUGAACCUGACACACACAGGGAAGGGAAGGGGAGUGGAAAGCAGCCGAUGGAUGGAUGUCGAUAUACUGACCUGACUGCGUCCCGAUCACAGUCCGGCUCGAUGCGGAGCAGUCGCUGUGUCGCACCUGUCGUGUCACCCUGACAACCAGCCAGCCACACACACAGACACACUAAGCCCUUCCAGCUCUCUCUCUUUCUCUCUCUCUCUCUGUGUGUCUGUACUCGUCUCUCGCUCCUGCAUCGCACCUUUCGCCACAGUCCCUUCCUGCUUCUGGACCAGUAGACGCCCCUCUGCAGCGCUAUCGCCACACGAAUGGACUCGACGCUCGAGUACACAAGGCCCAGGGCAAUGCCGCCGGGGUCGCUCACUACAGUGGUGAAGAGGCCGUCAGGACGGUCGGUGCUGCAAUGGGAAAGAGAAGGAAGGAGUGCCUCCGUCCUGUCAUGUGUUUCAUGUCGGCUCACGUCAGACAGCUGGUGAAGCAUUCAACGGCAUCCAAGGGCGGGGAUGGCGAGGGGGAUGAGCCACCCGAUGCUGGCGCACUGCCGCCGUUGGCUGUCGGCAGCAGUGACGAGAAACAGACAGAAGGCUGGCCCUCUGCACCCCACAACAGAGAAAACAGAGGUGUGAGAGGAGACCAUAUUCCAUCGGCUCAUCCUCCUCACCUUCCAUGGGCACGGCCGCCCCAGCCAUGACGUGGACGUCCUUCCCCUGCAGUGUCGCCACCAAAUCACCAUCCACACCCGCCCCUUCAACCACCAGCUGCAUGUAAUCCUCCUGCACGUCCUUGCCUCGCGCGGUCUUCAGUGAGGCCACCAGCGCCAUCCAGUCGAUGCCUUCCCGCCGACUCGUCAGCUUGACCCAGCCCACUUUGCCCCGCAGCGCACCGACCAGACCAGGCAGGUGGUCACUCUCCCCAGGUGACACCUCCACAGCCAACGCGAUUCGCUUCACUGCCUCUGGCGGCACGCCGUCCAUAAGCCGCUCCAGCACGCCGACCCACUCGCCCCUCUGCGCCUCAUCUGCCGUCAUCUCCACCAUGGCUGCCCCGCCAUCCAGGCACUUGAUGGCGCUGUCCAUGCCUUCGUCAGUCAUGCUGAAGGGACCCACCCAGCAGCGGAGAGGACGGCAAAGGGCGAGGAUGACGUCCUGCGCGGCGUUGCGGAUGGCCACUUGGCAUAAGGCGAACGAGGAUGCGCGUGUGAGCCAUUCAGUGAGUCGCUGCGGAAGAGGGAGAGCAAGGGAUGAAAGAUCCACGACGGGAAUCAACAUAAUCAGACGAAAAGAGGGGUGGGCACGCAAGCAGACGGACACGACUGGUGUUUGCU